AAUUUCAGAUUUUUCUGGCUCUUCCCGAAGCAAAUAAAAAACAUCAUCAAACAGCUCUGAGUCUCGCGAGAUCUAAAUUUUCAAAUCGAAGAAGAAAGCAAAAGACAGCAAUUCGAGGGUUUACUUGUCUUGUCUUGUUGACUCGAUUCGUAGACUUUUUGUCUGGAGCUUCUUCUUGUUUUGCCUUAACAAUGGCGGGUUUCAUCAAUCUUGAGGAUUCCCCAAUGUUUCAAAAACAGGUUUUCUCCUUGGAAGGGACAACUGAUGAGCUUAAAGAUCGUUGUCAGAAGUUGUACAAAGGUGUCAAGAAGUUCAUGGGGGCUUUGGGAGAGGCAUCUACUGGAGUCAGUGCCUUUGCAGAUUCUCUGGAAGAGUUUGGUGCUGGACAUGAUGAUCCCGUCAGUGUUUCAAUUGGAGGUCCAGUAAUAUCUAAAUUUAUAAAUACACUUCGAGAGCUCUCCUCUUAUAAGGAGUUUCUUCGCUCACAGGUGGAGCACGUAUUACUUGAGAGGCUGACAAAUUUUAUGACUGUUGAUCUACAAGAAGCAAAGGAGUCUCGGCGUCGUUUUGAUAAAGCUGUCCAUUCUUAUGAUCAGGCACGUGAAAAGUUUGUGUCGCUAAAGAAGAAUACCAGAGGAGACAUUGUUGCUGAGUUGGAAGAGGAUCUGGAGAACUCGAAGUCAGCAUUUGAGAAAAGCCGUUUUAAUCUAGUAAAUUCAUUGAUGACCAUUGAAGCAAAAAAGAAGUACGAGUUCUUGGAAUCUAUAAGUGCAAUUAUGGAUUCCCAUUUGAGAUAUUUUAAGCUUGGUUAUGAUCUAUUGAGUCAAUUGGAGCCUUACAUCCAUCAGGUAUUGACAUUCGCACAACAAUCAAAAGAACAGUCUAAGAUUGAACAAGAUCGAUUUGCAAGACGCAUUCAAGAAUUCAGGACUCAAUCUGAAUUAGACAGCCAACAGGCCUCUGCUAAAGCAGAUCCCUCUGGUGUUGAUGGAAACCAUGUUUAUAGAGCUAUCCCCCGUAAAAGUGUAGAAGCAAAUUCAAUUUCAACAGCAGACAAGGAAGCAACUAAACAAGGGUAUCUAUUAAAGCGAUCAGCUAGUUUGAGAGCUGAUUGGAAAAGGAGAUUCUUUGUGCUUGACAACCAUGGAUCCCUAUACUAUUACAGAAACACCGGUAAUAAAUCAGCGGGAUCUCAGCAUUACUACAGUGGUUUAGGAGAGCAUAAUAGUGGCGUCUUUGGGAGAUUUCGUUCAAGACACAAUCGAUCAGCUUCACAGGGAAGCCUAGAUUGCAAUAUGAUCGAUCUCCGUACCUCACUGAUAAAAUUGGACGCAGAGGACACAGAUCUUCGACUCUGUUUUAGAAUUAUAUCUCCUCAAAAGACUUACACAUUACAGGCUGAAAAUGGAGCUGAUAGGAUGGAUUGGGUCAAUAAGAUCACAGCAGCUAUAACAACACGCCUGAAUUCUCAUUUUCUGCAGCAGUCACCAGCUAGAUACUUGGAUAAAAACUAUACUAGUUCUGGUCCUGCUACUGAUGACCUCACCCUGAAUCAAAAACAAGAUUAUAAUCAAAGACUAAAUAUGGGGGAUGACGUCCUUACAAUACUCAGAGGACUUCCUGGAAAUAACGAAUGUGCAGAAUGCAAUGAACCUGACCCCGAUUGGGCAUCAUUGAAUCUUGGAGUUUUGAUGUGCAUUGAAUGUUCUGGUGUUCACAGGAAUCUCGGCGUCCAUAUAUCCAAGGUGAGAUCGCUCACAUUGGAUGUGAAAGUAUGGGAGCCUACAAUCUUGGACUUAUUUCGGAACUUAGGCAAUGCAUACUGUAAUUCGGUGUGGGAAGAGCUACUUCACCUUGAGGAUGACGGUGAAAAGGGUCCAACAGACACACUUGCAUCGAUUCCGAAACCAUCUUCAGAAGAUUCCUUUACUCUGAAGGAGAAAUACAUUCAUGGAAAGUACCUGGAGAAAGCGCUAGUUGUCAAAGAUGAAAGAGAAGCAAACUCUACUGCCUCAAGUAGAAUAUGGGAAGCGGUUCAAAGCAGGAACAUAAGAGACAUCUACCGACUCAUUGUAACAGCAGAUGCAAAUAUCAUCAAUACGAAGUUCGAUGAUAUUACUGACGUUGAUGCAUAUCACCACCACCAUGUUGAUGCACCAGAUGAAGUAAAGAGAAGGCACGAUCCAAAUGCGUGCCAGAGAAUCAAGGAUUCGAACGAACCAAGAAACUGUCUUCAAGGCUGUUCGUUGUUGCAUGUGGCAUGUCAAAGCGGUGACCCGAUCUUGCUUGAACUGUUGUUGCAGUUUGGGGCUGACAUAAAUAUGAGAGAUUACCACGGAAGAACUCCGUUACACCAUUGCAUCGCAUCAGGGAACAACACAUUUGCAAAGGUUUUACUGAGAAGAGGUGCUCGUCCAUCAAUUGAGGAUGGUGGAGGAUUAAGUGUGUUGGAAAGAGCAAUGGAGAUGGGAGCCAUAACUGAUGAAGAGCUCUUCCUUCUAUUAGCAGAGUAAAAGCAAUUCGCCAAGAAUUUCAACAUAGACGAUCUCCCUGACGUCCCUACCGGUCUUCCUCCACAUCUCAAAGCCCAGCAAACUGGCGUCGUCUCUAAUAACAACGCUCCUCUUCAUACUGCGAGUGCCAUUUACUCUGGUAGCUAUGUUUCUUCUAUGGGAGUGGACGACAGUGUGAAACUAGAAAACUUCUAUGAGAAUUUCAAAGUUGAUGUGAUUAGUCUCACAAAGACCGAUAUGGAAUUCGAUAUGAUUGGUAUCGAUGCAGCAUUUGCCAAUGCAUUCCGAAGGAUCCUUAUAGCUGAGCUUCCUUCAAUGGCUAUUGAAAAAGUUUUAAUAGCAUACAACACAUCGGUUAUUAUAGAUGAGGUUCUUGCUCACAGGAUGGGUCUUAUUCCAAUUGCCGCAGAUCCAAGACUAUUUGAAUAUUUAUCCGAACAUGAUCAGGCGAAUGAAAAGAACACCAUUGUUUUCAAACUCCAUGUGAAAUGUCCGAAAAAUAGACCACGUCUUAAAGUUUUAACAAGCGAUUUAAAAUGGUUACCAAAUGGAAGUGAGUUUCUGAGAGAAUCAGGAGGUUCAACCUCAAAGCCAAAAACUUACACUUCAUUCAGUUGCAGCCAAGAUUCCUUACCCGAAUUUGCUAAUAAUCCUAUCACUCCGUGCGACCUCGAUAUCUUGGUAGCAAAACUCGCCCCUGGUCAGGAAAUCGAACUCGAAGCUCAUGCGGUUAAGGGCAUUGGUAAAACACAUGCAAAGUGGUCUCCAGUAGGGACUGCUUGGUAUAGAAUGCAUCCUGAGGUGGUUCUACGUGGGGAAGUUGAGGAUGAGCUUGCUGAACGACUUGUAAAAGUCUGCCCACAAAAUGUUUUCGACAUUGAAGACAUGGGAAAAGGUAGGAAAAGGGCAACUGUAAAGCAGCCGCGUAAGUGCACGCUGUGUCAGGAAUGCGUAAGAGACGAUGAUUUGGUAGAUCGUGUUGAUCUUGGCAGUGUCAGGAACCAUUUUAUAUUUAACAUCGAGUCCACCGGAUCACUUCCUCCGGACGUUCUCUUCACUGAAGCUGUGAAGAUAUUGGAAGCUAAAUGUGAAACUGUAGUCGCCGAUUGCUCUGAACGUAGGUCAAGGUCUGAACAGAGAUCACGUUCACUGUCAAAGAGGUACUUCGACAUGGCGGAUGUUGGAUUGUCGUCUUCAGGGUCUACCGAUGGGCUUGAAGGUCCCGACCGGAUUUUUGUUGGAGGGUUUCCACAUUACUUCACAGAUGCACAAAUCAGGGAGAUUUUGGAGUGUCUUGGUCCUCUAAGAGGUUUCAACUUUCUUAAAGACAGACAAACUGGAGACUCUAAGGGAUAUGCCUUCUGUGUUUACCAAGAUCCUUCAGUAACAGAUAUUGCAUGUGCCGCUCUAAACGGGAUUAAGAUGGGUGAUAAGACCCUUGAAGUUAGGCGUGCAAUGCAAGGUACGAUGCAACCGAACCCCGAGCAAGAAGAAUUCUUACAACAGAUUGGCCAACAAGCUUUGCAGAGACUUAUGUUAGAACCAGGAGGUACUCCUACUAAGAUUGUCUGUUUGAGUCAAGUGAUUAAAGCUGAUGAUCUUAGAGAUGAUGAAGAAUAUGUAGACAUAAUGGAGGACAUGAGAGAAGAAGGUGGAAGAUACGGUAACUUAGUGAAUGUUGUGAUUCCGAGGCCUAAUCCAGAUCAUGGCCCAACACCAGGAGUUGGAAAGGUUUUCUUUGAGUAUGCGGAUGUGGAUGGCUCAUCGAAGGCCAGAUCGGGGAUGAACGGAAGAAUAUGUGGAGGAAACCAAGCGGUGGCUGUGUAUUACCCCGAAGACAAGUAUGCGCAAGGCGACUACGAAGACUGAGCUAUCUAUCAUCUUCUUCUUAAGCUUUUUUAGUUUGGUUCUCUUAGCAAACAAGUUUGGAUCUUUAUGUUAUUUUUUUUUUACAUGUUAAGGUCUCUCUCUACUAAAUGGAGAUAUUUGGUUGUCUAGAAUCUGACUGCAAUAGUAGCUUUUGGUUUUCAUUAAACACUAGUGUUUAUU